AUGAACAGCCCUCAAGGUUGGCGUUCAAUACUCGCUCAUUUAACAUACGUAUGUGGAGCGAUAUCAUCUACUGUAUUGAUGGUUGUUCCAAGGGUGAUACUGAUGGAACAUGUGCCUACAACUCUGAGGUCCAUAGUGCCUUUAGCGUUUGUUUUCAAUAAUAUCACAGUUCUAAUCCGUAUCGGUAUUCAGUUCAUAGCAACGCAUCUACCGACUGCAUAUCCGAACGCGGCUUUGAUUUAUUCCUUGGGCUACACAUUGUUUGCGGCACCGUUUGCUCUUCUUCUCGAUAACUCCAACCAUCUGCCUAUCAACACUGCAGAAAUACCUGCAUUCACGCCUCCUCGAAGCAGAUAUCCCAAGAAUAUUGAGCCCAAUGAUACACCUUCAGAGCACUUCUCUGUUCGGAUGAUGUUGGAGGCAUGUGCAGCUGCACAAGAUGCUAAAAUGCAUGCAGUAUACGAUAGCCACUCUGAUUGA